CUGGUAACCCGUCGCAAGGUCAAGAUCAGUCGGUUAAUCCUAUCCAGUCAGCCGAGGCCCUUGCACCUUGGAGGACGAACGACCCUCGCGCAAGAAACUCAAAUUCCACAUUAAACAAUCUUAAACGCUACGAUCACGAUUCAUCUUUCUUUGAUUAACCAAUCUAAUCCGCUUUUACGUGACUAUCGAUACCCUUUAAGAAUCACUCGGUUGCUAAAGCUAACGAAAGGAAAGUGUUUAUAGUGGUGACAACAGCAACAGUGAUUUCUCGAAAAUCGUCCCGCGUCGUGGCCUUUUGUUAUGGAAACCUGCGUCUUGAUACCGAAAGAGUUCUCCUUGGUACUUGCUAACGAUCGUUGCAGCUAUAAGGGUGUCUUCAAGAAUGACUCUGGAAGCCUAGUCACGGACGUCAGGAUAUCGAUUUGGUCGAAUGUGCUCAUCCCGUCGGGAACGUUCAUUUAUCCCUUUCAGGGAUCGAUUCGGUCCGACAAGAUCGACCUUUAUUCCCUUCUAGACGACAAUGAUAUCAGACGCGAAUAUGGCUGCUACGACGAGGUUUUCUUUUCAAAUUACAACCUUAACAAACGUCAGUGCAAUUGGAUAAGAUUCCUCCGGAUAGUUCAGUCUUACGACGACCAAGUAAAUCUAAUUGGUACAAAAAUAAAAGGGGACCCAAUCUUCGAAGUGAUAAGAGACGUCCAGCCUGAUACAGAAUUGGUAGCUUGGUUUCUGCCCACGAUGGAACAAGACUUCGUCUUUAUAUCCCACGACAUGUGCCCGAGGUUGGCUAUUUACAGAUGUACGAUCGACUCCAUUCUACACGAAUCUCCACUAGACUUAUCCAUGGCGCUACUCUCCCACAACACAACAUCCGUGAUUUCGCGUCAGUAUUACGACAUCGACGAGUACGAGUCGACGUCGGAGGAGUCUUCGUCGUCCACGCUCUCCUUGACGGGGGAUUAUUUGGAUUGCAGCAUUUUGACGACGAUCAAAAGAGGGGAGAGGGUUCUGUUACCGUGCGAGGUCUGUGGAAAAUCUUUCGAUCGUCCCUCUCUUCUCAAGAGACACAUGAGGACACACACAGGCGAGAAGCCGCACGUUUGUAUGGUGUGCAACAAGGGAUUCUCGACGUCAAGCUCGUUGAACACGCAUAAACGAAUUCACAGCGGCGAGAAACCCCAUCAGUGCCUUGUUUGCGGUAAAAAGUUCACGGCCUCAUCUAAUCUCUAUUAUCAUCGCAUGACACAUAUCAAAGAGAAGCCACACAAGUGUUCCCAGUGCUCGAAAUCCUUUCCAACGCCUGGAGAUCUCAAGAGCCACAUGUAUGUUCACAACGGACUAUGGCCAUUUCGGUGCCACAUAUGUAGCCGCGGCUUCAGCAAGCCAACCAAUCUCAAGAACCACAUGCUGCUUCACCUUGGUCGAUGUUCCAACAAAAAGAUCGUUAAGUCAGUUUCUGACUACUAACAGAUAUUAACUCAUUGAUGAUUGG